AAUGUUAAAAACGUACAAGUCCAAAACAGCUUUCCAAACGCCAAGCUCGUCGCCUCCACUUAUUCGCGUGCUUCACGUGUUGUACCUAACUGCGAAAAUUCUAAAGAAAAAUUCUGAAAAAGUAAUCCAUUAAAAUUCCCCAUUGCCCAGCUGCAGAAUUAUAAAGCUGGGUCCUUUUCUCCCCACGUAUGCAUAUUCUUGUCACCAGAUCAGCGCUAUGUACUUUCAGUUAACAAACUGAUGAAAAGACGUGAAAAGAUACUGCUUAAAUGGAGUAAGCUCAAAUUUUCGUUUUUCUGAAAAUACACAUUCUGGGGCUACAGUGAAAUCGGAGAUAUGUCAAUAACGUUCCUGGCCUGUCCUGCACAUCAAAUCAAAAGAUGAUUUCUUCCUCAGGUAAGAUGGAAGGGAAUAAAAUAAGCAUAGAUAUUUCCAGAACUGAUAGAAAUGGAAGACCCAAGGUGCUUGAUCCAGCAUUUUCUGCAAUUUUUGUUCAGCUUCCUCACAAACUUCGAAAUUGCCUUAAGUCACAGCUCAAGAGAUUAGCAGAAGAUAAUGACAGAAUAAAAUCAGUGAACUCUUUUCUUGGGAAGGAGAAAAGUUCAUCUACUGGAUUGGGGGUUGAUUUGGAGAAACAAUUGCAAGCUUGGAGAGAUAAUCCUUCAUGGGUCGAUCAACCUUCAGAAAUAAAGGUCAGUGUACCAAAAGGUUCUCUUUGCAACCUUAAGGCAAAAGUUGAUGUUGGGUUGCCCCCAGAUGCAGUGUAUAAUAUUGUAACUGAUCCUGAUAACAAGAGAGUUUUCAAGAAUAUUAAGGAAGUCAUAUCUAGAAAGGUUUUAGUUGAUGAAGGUCAAAGACAGGUGGUUGAAGUGGAGCAAGCUGCUUUAUGGAGAUUCCUUUGGUGGUCAGGGACCAUCUCAGUUCAUGUUCUAGUGGAUCAAAAUAGAGAUGAUUACUCGAUGAAGUUCAAACAAGUGAAAACGGGAUUCAUGAAAAAAUUUGAAGGUCACUGGAGAGUAGAACCUGUUUUUGUGGAUGAAGAAACCUGCUUUCCUUUCAAACCUAAAACAUGGGCAGAGUACUGUUCAUGUACUGCUGGUAAAGGAAGGGUUGGGUCAAAGGUGAGCUUGGACCAACUAAUUCAGCCAGCCAUUAUCCCUCCCCCACCCAUUUCUUGGUAUCUAAGAGGAAUAACUGCCAAGACGACGGAGAUGCUGAUACAUGAUCUACUUGCUGAAGCUGACAGACUCAAGGGUGGCUUUGACUUUGGAAAUUCAGACAAGGGGCUUAGAUUAUCCAAGAAAAUAAAUGAACAUCAGCAAGUUGAGCAGAUAUGUGACAUUAAAGAAAGAUGGAACUCACGUAGGAGAAAUGCAAAGCAGCAUCGUAAGAAGCUAUUGGCUGCUGAAUCAUCUACUUUCUGAGUAGUUCAAAUUCAUCUGCAAUGUGUUGCAUCAGUAUUUUAUAUGGAAAAUUGCCCAACAUCAGUAGUGGUGUUUCCAUUUUAACUCUUGAAAGAUCCAUCUAUUACUUCAAAACAUUUGUAUCACUUCUGUAAUUCCAGUUUAGCGUUAGUCAAGCACGUUUGAUCAAUGAUAAGAAGAGGACUGGCAUCUUCAAACUAAUUUGUUAUGUUUGGAUCUGAGCAGUCUUUUACCA